AAUCAAAUCUAAUAAUGAAAUUUUGUUCAAACAUCAAAGUCGUUGUCGUCGCACGCACACAUCGUAUAUAAAACGUAUACCCAAAACAGAGAGUUGGCCGACAGACGUUGCUACCGAAAGCAAACGGAAAAUAUCCAACCACCACAACAGCAAUAAGAAAAUCCAUCUGCAACAACAUUGGCGCAGCUUUGCCAAAAACAAAAGAAGAAGAAAACAACAACCAGUCGAGUAACAGUAAUAAAUUCAAUUUUGUUAAAGACUCAAAGAGCAAACAACAGCGAUUGAAAGAACCAGAAGGAACCGCAGCAGCAACGUCAGCCAGUCAGCAAAAUAUUCGUUCGUUUUUUGGAACUAACCACAGUUAUCGCAUAAAUAACAUAUAUAGAUAUACAAGUAUAUAUAUAUACAUACAUACUCGUAUAUAGAUAUAGACCAGCACAAACAUGUCAUCGGACUCCUCCAGUAGACGCAUACCAGUGCCCGAAGAGCUGAAGGAGGUGCUCUUGCAGUUCUCUAUAGCCUACCUGGUCGAACAGCCGGCUGAUAUUGUCGACUAUGCAGUCGACUAUUUCACCAAAAUGCAAGCAAAUCGUCCAACCAUCCUCAAUGACCAGCGGGGCGAUGAUCAGAGUAUUAACUCACAGGACGGCGAUGGUGAGUAUGAACCACCAAUAAUGCAGCAUUCACGUCGCAAAUCAGUCUUUGCCGAGACCUAUGAUCCCGAGGCGGACGAUGAUGACGAGGGCGCCACUGCCAUAUUCCCAAAAACAGAUGAGCAGCGUGCACGAUUGGUUGAGUCGGUGAAGAAUGUGCUGCUGUUUCGUUCACUGGAAAAGGAACAGAUGAACCAAGUGCUGGAUGCCAUGUUUGAGCGCAGGGUGGAGCCGGGCGAUUUCAUUAUACGCCAAGGCGACGAUGGCGAUAACUUCUACGUCAUUGAAUCUGGGAUAUUUAAAGUCUAUAUAAAUGACAAAUAUAUUAGCACUUACAACAACACUGGCCUUUUUGGCGAAUUAGCGCUGCUCUACAAUAUGCCCAGAGCGGCUACCGUACAGGCUGAAACCAGUGGACUACUCUGGGCCAUGGAUCGCCAGACAUUCCGACGCAUAUUGCUGAAGUCGGCAUUCAGGAAGCGGAAAAUGUACGAGGAGCUGUUGAAUAACGUGCCCAUGCUGAAGGCACUGCAGAACUACGAACGCAUGAAUCUGGCCGAUGCUCUGAUUUCGAAGACCUAUGAGAACGGCCAGCGCAUCAUCAAACAGGGUGACGAGGCCGACGGCAUGUACUUCAUUGAGGAGGGCACAGUGUCGGUGCGCAUGGAUCAGGAUAACUCGGAAAUAGAGAUUUCCCUACUGGGCAAGGGCCAGUACUUUGGCGAGCUGGCUCUGGUGACACAUCGGCCACGUGCUGCUUCCGUCUACGCCGUGGGUGGUCCUGUCAAGCUGGCAUUUCUGGAUGUGAAAGCGUUCGAGCGUCUGCUAGGACCUUGUAUGGACAUUAUGAAGCGCAACAUUGAUGAUUACGAGUCGCAGCUAGUUAAAAUAUUUGGCAGCAAAAAUAAUAUCACCGAUACACGAUAAAAAGUCUGAAUUACCAUAAAAACAAAAGCAACAGCAACAACAAAUACAGCCACAAAAAGUGAAGCAAAAGCAACCAACUACAUAAAUAUAUCGUACCAUCAGAAAUAAAAAGUAAUAUUAAUGCAUACGAGUAUAUCAACUGAUAGCACUUAUAGGCGGUUUGAGUUUAUAAUUUUAAAGAUGUUUUGAAGCUUAGAUGAAUCAAAUUUAAUGCCGUGAACGAAACAAUACAACAACAACAACAAGAGCAACAGCAACAACUGUUUCAACUACUUAUAUAAUAAAUGUAAAGAACGACAAAGCUAAAUCAAGAAGCCAAUGCAAAAGCACGAACCAAACAAAAAAAAUUAACACCCAAAUACACACACACACACACACACAGAAGCACAUUGACAUACAUACAUAAUUAUAUAUGUUAUAAGGUAAAGGAAAGCCAAUUCGAUUUAUGCUAUAAGGAAAUAAUAUUGAGAACACUAUAGAAAUGAUUUAAAAAUUAUUAUUAUUAUGCUAGUAAUGUUUCAAACACAGCAACAAAAAAACUAAACUAAACUAAACUUGAUUGAUAAAUUGUGUGUGUAUGUAUUAGCAAUUGUAAUGUUAUUUUGUAUUUAAUUGAUGCCCCAUACUGAAGGAACAACAACAAACUGAGUAUAUGAUGGAUAACACAGAUAUAUAGUAGAGUGGGAGAACGGAAGGAAAUCAUCAAAAGGAAUUAUGAUAAAUACUUAAUGUGGUACAAUCAUUCAUUGUGUCAUUAGCUCAAAUGUAAAGUGCAUAGUUAUAGUUUUGUUUUCUUUAUUAUUAUUCAUAUUUUGUUAUUAUAUUAUUUAAACUAUAUAUUAACGCAUAAUUUAGCACAAUACAUAUACAUAUUUUGUAAAAUGGAAAAACCCAACAAACAUACGAAAGCAAAAUGUCGGUACCAUACUGCUAUUUCAAAACAAACGAGUAAACGGUACAUUUCUGCUGCUAUUAUUUUAUUAAGUUAAUUAUAAAAGAAGAUCCUUGUUUCGAGAACAGCUCAGGAGUAUGUUCGCAAAAAAAGGAAAGGAAAAUGCAACAACAACAAAUGAAUGUCAACUUGCAUAUUUAUAUCAAUAAGCGCAAAUGAACACACAUCAACAACAAAGAGUUUAUAUCUACAAUACUUCUAAAAGUAAACCUAAAACAAUUAAUUUAUUUAUAAAAUAAAGUAAAAACAAAUCAUUGUACUAGUCUAUAUGUUAAGGGCUGCGUGCAGCUUUUACAAAAGAAUAAAUGAAUAAUAAUAAAAAGAAAUUCGGCAAGCAAGUAA